AUGGAAUAUUAUUUCUUCAAUGUGACCAACCCAGAGGUGUUUUUAGCUGGUGGAAAGGCUGCUGUUAAACAAAUAGGACCAUAUACUUACAGGGAAUACAGACCAAGAGAAAAUGUCACUUUCUUGGAGAACGGUACCAAGCUUUAUGCUGUCAAUCCCAAAACCUUUGUCUUUGUGCCUGAGAAGUCUGCUGGUGACCCCACUGUGGACAUUCUCAGAACUGUCAACAUCCCAUUUGUGGUUGUAAUGGAUCAGCUAAACUCCUACUCCUUUUUUCUCCGAACGCUGGUGUCUAUGUACAUGAACAGCCUGGGCGUGGAGCUGUUCAUGACCCGCACUGUGCAUGAGGUUCUCUGGGGGUUCAAGGACCCCAUCCUCACUAAAGUCCACUCCAUGAAGCCUGAUGUGGAUGAGUAUUUUGGCCUGAUGUGGAAGAAAAACGGCACACACGAAGGAGAGUUUGUAUUUCAUACCGGUGAACAAAACUACCUGGAUUACGGAAAGAUUGACUCAUGGGAGGGCAUGAGGGAGAUGACAUGGUGGUCUUCAAACCAGAGCAACAUGAUCAAUGGUACUGACGGGGCAGUGUUCCACCCUUUGAUAAACAGAAACGAGCUGCUCUACAUCUUUGCUGCUGAUCUCUGCAGGUCUAUUCAUUUAGGCUAUGUGAAGGACGUGGAGGUGAAGGGCAUCCAAGCGUACCGCUUCGCCCCUCCAAGUGACGUUCUCAUGAGCCCCAAAGACAAUCCGACUAAUGAGGGCUUCUGUGUGCCAGCUGGAGACUGUCUCGGCACCGGACUGCUUAAAGUCAGCGUUUGUCGACAAGGCGCUCCCAUCGUGGUGUCAUUUCCUCACUUUUAUCAAGCGGACCCAGUUUACAUAAAUGCUAUUGAAGGACUCAGCCCAAACAAGGAGGAUCAUGAGACCUACCUCGACCUUCAGCCUACCACUGGAGUUCCAAUUCGUGCCUGUAAGAGAGCGCAACUCAAUAUAAUUUUGAAGAGAGUCCCAGGAUUCCCCAAAACUAAACAUCUCAACGAGACUAUAUUCCCAAUCAUGUUUGUCAAUGAGACUGCAACUAUUGAUGAUGACUCAGCCAACCAGAUGAGGACAUUGCUCCUUAUUGUAACACUUGUCUCGAACUUCCCUUUGCUCAUUGUGGGCAUGGGCAUUAUUCUCUUGCUCGUCCUGGUCAUCUUGUUCUGUCGAAACCGCCAAAAGAAGAACGACGUAAAACGUAUUGAUUUUACUGAAGCUUUUCAUUCUUUUGCUACUGCGAAAGAUGAGACUGCUUACACUCAGGUCAGUGACAAACCUGACGAGCAGAGUCCAACGCCGGCCGUGCAGCCUGCGAGGAACGGCUCCUACAUUGCCAUGUCCCCAGUUGAGGCGCAGAAGUGCUGA